UUCAUUUUAGAUUAAUGUAUUAAUGCCGUAUUCAAGUAUAUACGUUGUUCAUUGUAUUUUAUUUCAACUAAGUACGUGUGUAUUUCACCAAGUUUUGUGUACUUUAUUUGAACUAAAACACGUCUCGAUUUAUUUGGUGCAAGUUUUUUUUCCAGGAGUUUCUCAGCUCGUUUUAUUCUACAGCGGGCUAAAGAAGAGUCAUCUGGGUGGGAGUUGUCUGCAGUGUGAUUAAUUACAACGGACACACCGAUAUAGAAUGGGGAGGGAAGGCAUUGUUAUUUUUUGCAGUUUGUGAGAGGAGGAAGGUGAGGUGCACUGUGGCAGCAAUGGGAGGACCUUAAGUGUGGGAAAGUCUUAAAAAAGCUGAUGCCUGUGGUGACCAGUUCCGUAGUUGAAGUGGAUGGGACUGAGACAUGAAAAUCAUGCAUUAAUGAAUGUAGGACAACUCAUCAAACUGCUUUGAAAUACUGGGAGUUACAUAUCCUGUUCCAUCCAUAUCCCAUAGAACAAUUCUGGUGAACUUGGCAUCUCCCUCUGUUGUAAGUCCAGCUCAAAUUUCAAACUGAGCAGUAUCACUUGUUGAGUUUGAACAACAUCUCAUAUACCUCCAAAUGAUUUGUUUCUCACCAAUAACAACACAUAAGUGCAGCUUUAAAAGACAUCUGCAAUGGCUGGGCAGGAAGAAGCUGAGGCUCAGCUGGCAGAGCUAGAGCUUCUUGCUAGUAUGUUUCCUACCCAGGAGGAGUUCACAAUGAAUGAUCAUUUGGCAUUUGCAGAGCUGAGAGACUACGCAGAAAAUCGAACAGCAAGUGUGCCAUCUUCAAAUGUGCAGUUCACCAUUCACAUAGUGUCUGAUAUUCCAGAUUCAGGAAUGGUGUCAUUUUCUUUAUUGUGUGCUUAUCCACUGAGUUAUCCAAAGGUGCUACCAGAAAUCAGCAUCAGAUCUACAUCAUUAUGUCGAUCACAGCAAGUGCAAAUGAAUGCAGAUCUGAACACCUAUUUAAAAGAGAACUGCAUUGGUGAGGUGUGUGUUUUUAGCGCAGCUGAAUGGGUGAAAGAAAAUGCAGCCAGUUAUGUAAGCAAGGAGACAGAAACAGUUUCUAAGGUAAAAGAAAACGAUGCAUCCUCAAAAGAUACAGUGUUCACCAGACUUUGGAUCUACAGUCAUCAUAUCUACAAUAAACAAAAACGUAAAAAUAUUUUGGAGUGGUCCAGUGAACUGCGGUUAACAGGAUUCAGCAUGCCUGGGAAACCUGGUGUCGUAUGUGUAGAAGGACCUCAGAGUCUCUGUGAAGAAUUCUGGUCAAGGUUAAGAAGAUUAUCUUGGCGAAGGAUUUUUAUAACCCACAGAGAGGACAUUACUUUGGACAGUACAUCAGAAAAUACAGAUGGUCAAAUGCAAAAGCAUAGACGAUUCUUACCUUUAGAAGAAAAGAUAUUUGAUGCUCAUGGAGCCAGAGGAAAUCACAUGGAUUUAGGCCAACUCUACCAAUUCCUCAGUGAAAGAGGGUGUGGUGAUGUUUUCCAGCUGUAUUUUGGCAUUGAAGGGAGGUAGAACUGAUUUGACAUAUGAAAAUGGAAUAACUCAUCCGUAUGACAAAAUCCUCAUCUUGAGUAUCAAGAUAAUUAUAGGUCUAUUUCAAUAGUACUUCAACACCAGCACUGCAUUUUGGAUUGGAGUUGAACAGAAUUGUUACAUGAAAGACCCAGGUUGCUAAGACUUUAAGCAAGCCACAUAUCCUUUAGUACUGUAUACUUUGCUGAACUGUGGAAUUAAGACUAUAACGUGCUUCAACGGAAAUUAUUUAUCUUCUGUUCUGUUACAGUGAUGAUCAUGACAAUCUCAUAAAGUGAUCUAGUGAUUUUACAGUGAAAUCAUAGCACUUAUGAUUUUACAGUGAAGUCAUUUAUCAAAUAAAUGCAACAGUUUUACUGCUGCUUUCAUAUAUUCAUUUUAUUGACAAGGAGUGCCUGACAGAUUAAAUUCUUACAUUUUGUGUGUGUGUGGUACAGAUAUGAAAAUUAGAUGACAAGCUGAAUUAUAGCUAUUUAUAGAAACAAUGCUUGUACAUUCAUAAUGACAGCAAGCUCUGAAGUCAAGGUCAGUGACUUUUAUCUCUUUGUUCAGAGGUAUUUUCUUCCACUUAAAGUUAUCCAGUUUGCUAGUGCUGAUAUCAAAUUUCAACAGUAAACUAAUAGACUUAAAUUUGCUGAUUAUGUAGGACAGAUACAGCAUUUUAGAAAGCACCAGGUCUAACAAGGCUUGUAGACUAAAAACAGGUCUCUCUAUGCAUCUUGUAAGUCAGUAAAUCAAGACAGUGAUUUUACAUAAUUUUUAAAUCUAAUUGUGUUACGUCAGUGAUCCUUUUACUAGAAUACCUUUGCAUGUUCUUACUCAAGUUGAAUGACAUAUUUGGUAAAGUAGGAACAGCUGCAUUGUCAUUUAGUGUUCACCUGACCAAUGAUUUGUAGAAGGGAAUCAGAGUAGUUGAUGACCUACCCUGCAGAAUCAGAUUUACUACCCAAAAAUGUUUCUUAGCACUGUGGAUACAUUGUGUUCAGAAUUUAGAUUAUUUUCUAUAAAUGUAACUAGGUCUGUGGUUUUACUUAUGUUCAUGAUAUUUGUCAUCUUUGCAUGUGCUGUACAUUAUUUUGUUGUCAAAUGGAUUGUUUAGUUACAUUUAAAGUUCUAGUUAUUCUCUGAGCAUCCUCCGUUCAAGUCAUUGUUGGUAAUAUGGAAGUGUGACUUAAUCCACUGGAGGAGUGGCAACACAUUCUGCCUUAAGAGUAGUCAGUACAUUUACUCAUAUGGGGUCCCUUGCUAUAUUGCCUUCUAAAACAAUUCCAAAUAAUAAUGGUCCAAAAAAUAUACUUAGAGAGCAUCACUUGUGUCUGAUUUCCUGGAAGAUUUAUACAGUACCUUCACAGUUUAUUUUCUGCCAUAUAACCCUUGGUUUGCAUCAGCUGAAUCCUAGCUGUACAAUACUUCCAGGUUUAUGAAGCAGUGGCAAAGCUGUACUAUUCUUGAUCUGAUAAAACUGUACUGCUAGUUUGUUUUGUUAAUGACAUAAAUGUAUACUGUCCCAAAAUACUUGUGAACACCGUUAAGUAAAUGUUAGCCCAUG